AUGGGCCUUUUUUCUCGGCUGCGACACAGGCAUCAUCACCACGAGGAAGAAGAAGAAUACUCAGCAGGAAAAGACCAUGUUUCCAAUGAGCAAGAGCUCAUUGUCGAGCAGCAGGAGCAGCAGCAGCAGCAUCAGGAGAGGAAGCCGGAGAAUGAAAUGCUGUUGCCACUGGAAGAGCCAAUUGAGCCCCCAGAAAACAUCCUCCCGAUCAAGUGUCCGCAUCCAGAGCCGUGCAUCGUUCAUGAUGGAAGGAUCUGGAAGGAGCGAAUCGCCGCAAAACGCUCGAGCAGCGUUGGAGCAAACACAAAUGGAAGAACGCAUCACUCUCGAGCUGGAAGCAUGCGUCUAGAACUUCUUCCGCGCAACCAUGUUGGUGUCCAGGCCGCGCACACUCCCGCAUCGCCCACGGUGAUAACUUCGUACAGCGCUCCAGAGAAAGCGUUAAUAACGAUGCUGGAUUAA